GACACGCAUCUAGUGUAGUAUAUUGAGAUCUUAAGUGAUGGUAAAUGAAGGGAAAGGAAUUGCACUUACAAUUUUCUGGAGCCUAUACUCUGCUCCAGAUAUGUGCGCCUGGACGGUACAAUCCCCGCCUAUGGAUAUGUAGAUGGUCCUUGGUUGUCCUCAAAAAGGGGGUCUCCAGUGGUGCUAGGGUAUAUCUCCUUUCCAAUGGCAGUAUGCUGGUAUUCGAAAAUUUGGUGAUAUAUAAAAAGGAUAAAAACACAAAAUAGUGCUCUCUGGAUAAUACAAAAUAAAAUGAUUAAAAAAAUGGAGGUAUACUCACAAGUGCAGAGCAAAUAGGAUAUUGCUCAAUAUAUGUAGGCGUGGGUGGUAUGAUCCCCACCAAGGAUAUCACUCCUCGAGUCCUCCAGCGGGGGUGUUGGUGAGAGUAAAAGUAAUUAUAUUAUAAAAUAGAAUAAAAAGGAUAGGCUUGGAGGCUGGGAAACCCCCUUUUUGAGGAGUAUAGGCUCCAGAAAAUUGUAAGUGCAAUUCCUUUCCCUUCAUUUACCAUCACUUAAGAGCUCAAUAUACUACACUAUAUCCGUGUCUCUUUUUCCUUCCCUCCUCCAUAUCGCUCUGAGCGUGGGAAUUCCUUCACAGGCGCUGCUCCCUGAUCCUACUACCUACAUCCAUCGUACCACCAGAAAAGAAGAGACUCUGGUUUUUGGGAAGUUUCAGCAGCCACAUACUACAAUUGCUACAAUUACUGAUAUUCCUCCUACCCCUCCGUGUGUGUGUGUGUAUAAUGUAUGUAUAUUUAUUACAUCUAUGUUCUUAAAUGGACAAUAUAAUCACCCAGACCACUUCUGCUAAUUGAAGUGGUCUGGGUACAGUGUCCCUAUUGCCCUUAGUUGUGCAAUGUAAAACAUUGCCGUUUUAGAGAAACUAAGACCGCCUCUAGUGGCUGUCUAUCAGACAGCCACUAGAGGUGCUUCCUGUAUCUUAAAAGACUUUAGGUCACCUAACGGACGCUGGACAUGCUCAUUAAUACAAUGCUUUCCUAUGGGAAGAAUGUUGGAAAGGAGGAGGCACAGGCUGCAAGAGCUAGCUCCUAACAGCCUCAGCCUGGUCUCAUGAACCCAAAAGGUAGGAAACUGGAGGGUGGCUAUAACAGUGUAUAUUUUGACCUGUAUGUGCCUAUCAGUGUGUGUGUAUCUGUCAGUGUGUGUGUAAGAAGUAAAGAUAACUAAAACUAUCUUUAACUCAUUGAGGUAUACAUGUUUGUUUUCCCAGCACUAUAUAAUUAUCCUUUCUGAUCCAUUGCCAAGCUAAUUUGCACAAAAUCUAUCAGCUAAAUUUUAAAUUUACUUAUCUCUGUCAUGCCAAGGAUUCAGGAAACAGAGUAGGUGAUGUGUGCUGAUUUUUCGCUUGUGCACUCCCUCAGUAAGACAUACUGAAGACAUCACAUCACGACUAGAGGAGAAGAUAAUGGUGGCUCCUGCAUAUUGAAAGCCAGUGCAAGGAAGAAAAUAAAAUACAUGUAAUGAAACACUAGUGGAAAGGCUGGGAUAUAACCAAAAGUAUUAAAAACAUUUUAUAAAAAUGAGCAUUUCUAUAUUUUCUUAUUGCAGGGUGAAAAUGUAGCCAUUGCAACCCCUGGUUUGUGUAAUGUAGGACCCCUAAUCAGUAAUGUAAUGUAGGAUUUGGCAUUUUGUUUUUCUGGGUAGUGAUUUUAGAAAUGCGUUCAACCACAUGCACUCUACUUCCCUGAGCAGUGUAUUAAUCAUUUAUAUUUUUAGGAUUAAGACUAUCUUCUAACAAACACUACCUCCAUUUGAAUAUAAUGUGAUUUAUGUCUAAACUAUAUUGCCAAAUAUAGGUUUUGGAGAUCUGAACAGUUUGACUCAUUCCAUGUUUUAUGAGAGACAUUACAUUUUAUGGAUAGAUAGAAUGAAAUUAUAUGUAUAUGUAUGUGGAUGUAGUGUUCCUUCUAGUGAAAUCUUAUUAAGUAAAAUGGUAUAUAAUUUUAUUAUUGAUUUAUUUUUAACUACCUCUUUUGCAGUCACACUUUAUAUCUGCCCUCACUGUUGUAUUUGUAAACUCCAAAUCCCUUUCAUCACUAAAAAUUGACGAUACUCCAGUGGAUGACCCAUCAUUGAAGGUACUCGUGGCUAACAACAGUGAUACCUUGAAGCUUUUAAAGAUGAGCAGUUGUCCUCAUGUUUCUCCUGCAGGUAAGACUGACUUUAUAGAUGGUGUUCUGCUGUAAGUACUUUUUUCACUUUUAAUUAUGUAUGCCAAUUGUGUAUUCUUUCAAAAUAGUGUUAAAAUAAAGCUAGUAACUGUCUGUAUGUCUUCUAAGAUUUUUGUAUCUGUCUUCAUAAACAGAGCUUGCAUAUGUACAUGCUGCAGGAAUUGUAAAUGUGUCCCGUUUAUUGUUAAUUUAUAUAAUGCACAAAACAUGGCAUCCCAACUCGAAUUGCGCUUGUUAAUUAGUGUUUGCUAAAAUCUGAGCGUCUAGAAAUACUUUACUUUGAAGCGUUGUUAGCUCAAUGCACAGCUUUACAAAGCUCAAUUGUCUGUGGUCAGUGUUAAACUGGGCCAGAAAAAAUGCAUCUAAACAUACCCAACGCUAAUCCAUAUUUCAAGUCCCAACUAGCCGUAAUUCUUAAUAACCAAGUCCUCACUAAUAUUAUUCGGAUCAUGACAGAGCUGUGCAAUGCUGUGCUUUGAUCUGACAGUUCUUCAGCAGUGAAGAUUUUAAAAGGCGAUGAAUUGAAAGUACCCAAAUUUUCACAUUAUAACGAGAUUGAUCUCAAAUGUAUUGUUAUGCAAAAAAAAAUAAACCUGGAGGAAAAAAUAAUGGUGCAUUGUUUUGUAUUAUAGGAAUACUCUGUGUUGCUGAUCAGUGUCACGGGUUGAGAGAGUUGGCCCUGAACUAUUAUUUGCUUAGUGAUGAGCUCCUGCUUGCAUUAUCUUCAGAGAAACAUGUCCGACUGGAACAUCUACGCAUCGAUGUUGUGAGUGAGAAUCCAGGGCAAACACACUUCCAUGCAAUUCAGAAAAGCAGCUGGGAUGCUUUGAUAAAGCAUUCUCCCAAAGUGAACUUGGUCAUGUACUUUUUUCUUUAUGAAGAGGAAUUUGAUCCAUUUUUCUGCUAUGAGACACCAGUUACCCAUUUGUACUUUGGGAGAUCAGUAAGCAAAGAAGUGCUUGGUCGUGUUGGUAUGACAUGUCCACGAUUAGUGGAGUUGGUCGUAUGUGCUAAUGGACUUAGGCCUCUUGAUGAGGAGCUGAUUCGAAUUGCGGAGCGUUGCAAGAGCCUAACUGCCAUUGGACUUGGGGAAUGUGAAGUCUCGUGCUCUGCUUUUGUAGAGUUUGUUAAGCUGUGCGGUGGCCGUCUUUCCCAACUUUCCAUAAUGGAGGAAGUGUUAAUCCCUGAUCAGAAGUUUAAUUUGGAGCAAAUCCAUUGGGAAGUUUCAAAGCACCUUGGAAGAGUUUGGUUUCCAGAUAUGAUGCCUACAUGGUAGAAUUUUAAAACCAGUAAAAAAAAAAAAAAAAAACACUGGAAAUAUGAAAAGAGCACUUUAAAUUUCCAAAUCUAAUGCAUGGCAAUCAACUAAAUUAAUUUUGUUUUCUUUCUUCUUUGCUUUAAUUAGAGGGAAAAUAAAUGUAUCAGUAAUGACAUAGAAUCCUUUUACUGCAUUGGUUUUAAUUUGUAUAUUUUUUAUUGACUUAAAAUAUGUGUAUAUAUGUAUCCAGACCAGGUCUCGUUUUACUGAUCUACAUUUGCAUCUUGUAUUCCAAUGUAAAAUUAUAUUGCCUUUAUGAUAAAAUAUAAGAGCAUUGUAAAUAUUUUCCCCAUA